CACUGGUUCACAAUUCCAGUUUUAUUUGUUAAGAAUUAUGGGGGUGGCAGGAUACUAUUGUUUGGUAAUUGUUCUUGCCUGGUCUUUGUUUCUGGGGCUUCUCUUGGCUCUUUUUAGGUUCCUUCACAAAGUAUGGCUCACUCCAAUGCGCAUACAGUACAUGAUGAAGACACAGGGAAUCGAAGGCCCUGCUUACAAGUUCCUCCAUGGAAACACCAAGGAGAUCUCCAACAUGAUCAAAGAAUCCAUGGCAAAACCCUUGGAUAACUUAUCACAUGAUAUACUUCCUAGGAUUCUGCCUCAUGUGCAUGCAUGGGUCAACAUAUAUGGUAAAAAUUACCUUAACUGGUAUGGUCCUCAACCUCAAUUGAUUCUUACUGAACCAGAGCUUAUCAGAGAAGUACUGAAUAAUAGAGGUGAAGCUUACCCAAAAAUAGACUUGGAAGGCUAUGCAAGGAAACUAUUAGGAGAUGGACUCUCAUCCACCAAAGGUGAAAAGUGGGAAAAGCUGAGGAAAAUAGCUAACCAUGCUUUCCAUGCAGAGGGCUUGAAAAGUAUGAUUCCAGCAAUGGUCACGAGUGCUGAGAUGAUGCUAGAAAGGUGGAAAGAAUAUGAAGGGAAAGAGAUCGAGGUGUUCGAAGAUUUCAGGGUCCUAACAUCAGAAAUCAUUUCAAAGACAGCUUUUGGAAGCAGUUACCUAGAAGGAAAGAGCAUAUUCGAGAUGUUGAUGAAGUUAACUUUGAUUGUUUCCAGGAAUGCUCAUAAGAUUAGAUUUCCUGGACUCAGUCGAUUUUUCAGAAGUUCUGAUGACAUAGAAUCAGAAAAGAUCGAGCAACAGAUCAAAGACUCCAUUUUGGAAAUUAUAGAGAAAAGGGAGAAGUCGAAAGCUAGAGAAGAAGGGAGCCGUGGAAGUGAUUUUCUUCAGAAACUUUUGGAGAACAAGUGGAUCUCAGUAGAAGAUACAGUUGACGAGUGCAAGACAUUUUAUUUUGCUGGGCAUGAAACAACAACAGCCUUGCUCAGCUGGACUGUUCUUCUUCUAGCUGUCCAUACUGACUGGCAGGAGAAGGCAAGGAGGGAGGUGGUUGAGUUGUUCAGACAAAAAAAUCCAACUGCUGAUGGAAUUGCAAGGCUAAAAAUUGUGAACAUGAUAAUUGAAGAAUCUUUGAGACUGUACCCUCCAGUGCCCUUUAUCAAAAGGAAAGUGGCCAGGAGUACCAAAUUAGGGAAUUUAGUUCUUCCCCCUAAAAUGGAGCUAUAUAUUUCACUGCUAUCACUUCACCAUGACCCUCAAAUAUGGGGAGAAGAUGUUCACAUUUUCAAACCAGAGAGAUUUGCAGGCAGGAUGGCUAGAGCUGCCAACAUCCCAGCAGCAACAGCAGCUUAUUUUCCCUUUGGUUUUGGACCUCGAACUUGUGUGGGUUUGAAUUUUGCAGUAAUUGAAGCAAAGAUUGUGCUCUCGAUGAUUCUGCAGCGGUAUGUGCUUACCCUCUCACCAAUCUACGUCCAUUCCCCAGUCCAGCUUUUUAUGAUUCGCCCACAACACGGAGUUAAAGUCAUCCUUCAUGCAAUCUGAAUGAGCAUGACCAAAUCAAUUAGUGAAGUGUCAAUUGAUGCAGCAAACAAUCAACCAUUCCAUGACUAUGCUAAAAACUGUAGAUAGGAUUGGAGUAGGGACUUGCACAGAAUGCUUCUAGACAAUUUCAAAAUGUACACAUAUGUAAAAGGAGUGAAUAUGAAGACUGUAAAAAUUCAUGUUAGCAUGAGGUGAUUGCUUAACAAUCUCAUUGCAUAAAUUAUGAAUUUGGAUGGAGAUAUCCAAGUAAACAAAAGUGUGUCAAUGAAAUGCAAAAGCAUGUCACAA